AACAAAUAAGACAUGUGACCACUAUUAUAUUGUAGUCAGAGGAGGCAGGAAGAAUAUCUGUAACACAGUUGAGAAUCGCCAUGGAGAUGGGAGAUCCUAUAAUGGCAUCAAAAUGUCGACUUUUCUAUGCUUUAAGUUUGAUGCAAAGGGGACCACUGUCAUACAGCAAGAAAUUAAUCAGGGAUGAAUAUCACUUUGCAACACAUUUUAAAGUGCGGGAUCAAAGACUUAUUGACAUGUGUCGGGGGAUGUGGAGCAAACUACGUUACAUGUAUACAAGAAAGCAAAGAAGAAGGCUUGAAUCAAUAUCAUGCGAGGAAUCUGCCACCUCGACGUCAGGUGACCAUAGCGAUCAUGACGAUCAUAAUAAUCAGGACUUUUGUACUCUUCAAAAUGAAGAGUAUUCAAAUCUCCAGGAUGUACAGGAACUGCAUAUAUAUACACAACGAUUUAAAGAAAAGUUUGGUUCCAUUACUGGUAAUGAUUCUCAAACUUAUCCAAAUAAUGGGGAGCCAAUCGCAACGUCAAGAUCAGGUUGCUAUGACAACACGGAUACUUCUAUAUGUAGUGAAAUAGGAAGUUGAUAUCUCCCAAGACUAGAUAAUAUAUAUAUAUACAUGUAUGUAAAACAAUCAUGUUUGUGCUGUUAUUUAUGUAUUACUAAUUUAUCUAUACGUUUGCUGGUAGGAAGCUAUAAUUUUAUUUUGUUGAAGUGUGUGUUUUUUUUGUGAGAUUACAUUAUUUCAAAAUUUGUUUUGUUAAGAAAAAAAGCACUUUUAUGCUCUUAGAGAUUGUGUGAUAUUAUCAGAUCAUAUUUCCUUCAGAAAUACUCUUGUCAUAUUUUUUGUUUAAUUUCUAAAAAAAUCAGGUACUAGUAUUCCAUUUUUGUGUGUUACUUAACAAAGAGAGUAUCCUGAUGAAACUCAUGUUUAAACUAACAAUUUGUUAUAGAAUAUUGAACAGUGGUGUAGCUAUCUGUUGGCUGUGUCUUUGCCUUCACUUUCUGGCCAGGAAAGUGAAUAAAAUCAUUUACUUCUCUUUCUGCAAUAUCUUAACAAUCCACUGAACAUAUUUUAUAUAGGCCAAAAUAACAUCAGACAAUCUCAGUGUGAAAAAAAUUGUAGAGGGGGCAUCCCCAACCCAGAUACCCCCACUCCCUCUUUCAAGACUUAGACGUACACAUAAUUUUAAUCAAAGCUAAAUCCCUGAGGAUUGCUUCUAGCUUAGUUAACUUGAAUUUAAGGAAGCUCUGUUUAAGCUUCAAUUCAAAUUUAAACCUUUCAUCUUUUUGAAAUCUCUAUCCAGUCCACUUCGUUGAUACACUAGACAUGUAGAGAAGUCUUUCAAUAACCCUGUUUCGGAAGUACAUGUAUUUAAAUGAGAUGUAUUUUCAAGAUUCUACUUAGAAAUAAGUUUAAUAACAUUAAAUUACUGAAAAUAUUCUGAUGAAUAUUGACCUGUCGAUCAAUGAAAACAUCUAGUCCACCUUACUGCAGUAUGUUGUUUCUUCUGCUGUGUUUUCUCUAAUUUUCAUCUAUUAUUUAUUUCUGUCUUAAUUUAACUGACGUCAAGAUUUAAGUUACACCAGUAUAGCAAUGUGUUAAUUUAACUGAUGUCAAGGUUUAAGUUACACCAGUAUAGCAAUGUGUUAAUUUAACUGACGUCAAGAUUUAAGUUACACCAGUAUAGCAAUGUGUUAUAUCACAUUCAAUGUAUAUGCCAGUAUUUCAACAAACAGUUGAUGUAUACACACAAUGUGUGAAAUCAUAUGCGUCCAAUUGACUCAUGUAUAAGGUCGGAUCAAUUAUAAGACGGGUCUAAUUUUACAUUAAAUAUCACAAAACAUGUAUUUAGCUUUAACAUAUUGCCAUUCAGGAUGUGUUUAUUUUGUGCUAUGUUUGUGUAUUUACAAAUUUUGGGUUAAUACUCACUGAAUGUCUUGAUAGUGAUAAUUGAAUACUUUUCCACUGUGCAUUCCUGAUAUACAUGUACAUUGCAUUAUAACGAAUGGAUGGGCAUUUCUUGUGGACCUUCCUUGUGUUCACAAUAUUAUACAAAUUGACUGCUUGGUUAUCCAGUUGCUACACUAGGAUAAUACAUAGUCACUGGUUGAUUUUGGUUAACAUGAAAGAACAAAAUGGUUUUGUUUGUGAUACUGUUAUUGAUAGUUGACUAAGCAACAUAGUUUUACUUGGGGACCAUAUGCUGCUUUUCAUGGAAUGGCACCAAAGUGUCACAUUGAAGGUUCCAUGAUAACCGCCUUUUGAAAACAUAUGCAGAUGUUUCUAAAUUCAAAAUUUCACCAAUACCAUGAUUAAAUUUUGAAUUUUGCUUAAGCCGGUGCCAGGGGGCAUGGACAUGAACUUGCACUUUCCAUUACCGAUGAAUAAGCCCAAUCAAAGCGAGCCUGCAACAUUUUCAAUUUUGUCUUUUUGUGCGUUCUUUGAGGAUUCUUUAUUUCUCUUUAUUUUAGCAAUGAAUUGAAAGGGCGCGGCCAUAUUUUUCAAUGAUAUGCUAAAAACGGAAAGGUCCAUUAGUAUGAUAUUACAAUUUUUGUUACCAGGUUAAUUUUAUAAAAGAAACAAUAUGUUUGGUAUACUUAAUUAUGUCAAUACUAUAUUGUGUAGGAUAUAAAAUGGGUGCUAUUUAUAUUAUGGGAUCACCCCUGGCACUUGUUAAAACUUUUAAAGUAUACAUCGAAAAAUUUUAAGUGCCAUGUUUAUUAAUUUAUUAUAAUCCUUUUUUUCUUCUUCACAUUUAUGUGUCUCAAAUGUUACAUAGAAUAACUAGUAUUUUAGUAAUUUAUGCUAUUUAGCUAUUUAACAUUCGUUUUCAAAUGGAUUUAAAAAGAAUUUUAUGGCAGAAUUUAAAACAGAAUAUUUCAAGUUUACAAAACAAAAUAAAAAUUAUAAUAGAGUAAA